AUGGAAGGUUCUUUUCACCAGAAGGCCACCUGGCACAAGAAGCCCACCGUGUUAAGCAGAGCAUCCAGAAGAAGCAAUGUCUUUAGCUGUCCUCAAGGAGAGGAACAGAAGCCCCUGGUCCAGGCGGACCUGGGUCUCUACUGCCUCGGAAAGGGCCGGGACCAGAAAAAAAAAAUGUGCCGUCUAACUGGCCAUCCUCUAUUUUGUUUGCCAAAUCUAGCAACUCUGGGUGCCUCCAGUUUGAGCGAGGCAGGGCACCUCCUCCACCCCCGACAAGGGGAGGCGGUCCACCUGCGCACAAAGGGCAGGACGCUGGACUCGAUGUCGGGGGCGCGGGGCCGACGGGGCGGCCCCUGGAGGUGUCGGCGCCUCCCGCGGCGGGAGGCCCUUCUCCGCGGCCUCUGCCGCCCCCUGCGUCCUCACCCGGGCUUCCAAGAGUCUGACUCAAGAAGCACAGCCGAGCCGGCAUCGCUUCACCUGAGCGCGCCCAGAGAUGACAGGAUUGCAGCGGCACAGCUAAGGCGCUCUAACUACCCAUCGCCGCCGGCAUCCGCGGCGCUCGGCGGCGCUGGGCCAAGCACCGUCAUUAGGCUGCCCCUCCCCCGCCCGGAUCCCGCCCCCCGCCACCGUCCCGGUCCCCAUCCCCCGGAGCGCCGGCUGCACGGAAUGCUGCCUCCUGCCUCCCUCUGGGACUGCCCCUCAGUCCCAAGAGAGAGCUAUGAAGCCCCACCUGGGAGAGGAGGGGGCUUUGUUCAGAUUAGACCAGGACCUGAAGUUGUGGAGCCGGCCCCUCCCCUUCCCUAA